AUGUUGACGCGACUUUUCAGCGAGCCCAGCCUCAUCCCCGAAGUUCAGAAAUUCUCCAGCUGGGCCGAGGAGUGCGAGGAGGAUGCCCGCAGCGACAAGGAGGAGCGGAAGGGUAAGGGCUGCGCCCUCCCCGAGGAGCCGCCCGAGGGCUCGCUGGGGGAGAGCAAGGAGGAAGGGGAGCUAGGCGGGGACGAGGAGGAGGAGGAGGAGGAGGAGGAAGGCCUGGAGGAGGCCGAGGGCGACCGGCCCAAGAAGCGCGGCCCCAAGAAGCGCAAGAUGACCAAGGCGCGGCUGGAGCGCUCCAAGCUGCGGCGGCAGAAGGCGAACGCCCGCGAGCGGAACCGCAUGCACGACCUGAACGCGGCCCUGGACAACCUGCGCAAGGUGGUGCCGUGCUACUCCAAGACCCAGAAGCUGUCCAAGAUCGAGACCCUGCGCCUGGCCAAGAACUACAUCUGGGCUCUCUCCGAGAUCCUGCGCUCGGGCAAGCGGCCCGACCUGGUGUCCUACGUGCAGACUCUGUGCAAGGGGCUCUCGCAGCCCACCACCAACCUGGUGGCCGGCUGCCUGCAGCUCAACUCCCGCAACUUCCUGACGGAGCAGGGCCAGGAGGGGGGCCGCUACCACGGCCCCAACGCCUCCUUCGCCGUGCACCCCUACCCCUACCCCUGCUCGCGGCUGGCCGCGGCGCAGUGCCCGCCGCCCGCGGGGCCCGGCUCGCACGGGCUGAGGACACACAGCUACUGCGCCUCCGCCUACGAGAGCCUCUACGGCAACGCGUCCCCCGACUACAACAGCUCGGAGUACGACGGCGGGCUCAGCCCCCCCCUGUGCAUUAACGGCAACUUCUCCCUCAAGCAAGACUCUUCCCCCGACCACGAGAAAAGCUACCACUACUCUAUGCACUACUCGGCGCUGCCCGGCUCCCGCCCCGCCGGCCACAACCUGGUCUUCGGCUCGGCGGGGAUGCGCGGGGGGGUGCACUCCGAGAACAUCUUCCCCUACGACAUGCACCUCCCGCACGAGCGGGGCCCCAUGUACGAGGAGCUCAACGCCUUCUUCCACAACUGA